GUCUCCGUGGGGCUCCCGUCGGGGCGCACGUACGCGGCCUGCGUGGCAGGGCUCGGGAGUUCUGGCUGGACGGCCUUCUCCGGCAUGUCCCGGCCGCUGCCGCUGCCCAGCUUCCGGAACUAUUGCGUGGCCCGCGAGGAGCGCGAGGGCCAGGGGAAGGACGACUGGCCAGCUCGCCCCCGCUUCGCCUGCCCCUCGAGGCUGGUCGCAGGCUUCUCGGCGCCCGUGGAGCUGGUCAACGGGCCCCGGGCGUUCUCGGGCAGGAGACGACGGCUGCUGCUCGAGAUGAUCAUGCGGGGCCCGCCAGACGUUUUACCAGGGCACGUCAGGUGGGGCAUCCGCCUCCACGUGGGCUCCGCGGAGCGGGCCGGACGGGAGCGGGAGACUAUCACGGUGUACAGCUUGGAGCCAGGCCUCGCGGCCGCCAGGUGGUGCCAGUCGCAGCGGAGCGCGACCUUCCACGGCGCCGCCGUGCCGCUGUGGCUUUGCCCCGGGGACGUGAUCGCGAGCGCCAACGGGCUCACCCAGCCGGCCGCGAUCCUCAGAGAG